AUGGUCAAAGACUUCGCUGCCGUUUUACCGUUCGUGAUAGCACCUGGCAGGAUCCUCGGGGUCAAUUGUGCAGGACCCCGAGGCCGCCUGCAAAUUGUCGGCGUCCACCUUGACCCCGAGUGGAGCGAGGGCCAGACCAAGAGGCACCUGCACCAGGUCGCGCCCGAGUUUGCCCCGCUGGCCGAGCCGCUCGGCAUUGCGCGCAGCGAGUUCCCAGCAUGUGUGGAAGGGGUGCUCGACAGUGUCCAACUCUCCCUGGACUCAGCGCUCGCGGCCAGUGAGAUCAAGGAGAUUGCCCACGUUGCAGCAAAGCAGCGUGGUUUCGUACGUGGUCGGAUGAUGAAUGAUAACAUCAUAAACAUGGAUGGCCUGCUCUCCCUCUGGGGGCACGUGCAGCGUGAGCUCAGCUGCGGGUUCGCCCUCUUCGAUUUUCAGAAUGCUUGCCCGAGCGCAUACCACUCUUGGAUAUUCCUCGUGGGCCUCCCGAGUUUGAUCAGGCAAGCGAUUUUUCAGAUGUGCCGGGACGUCUGGGCGCUCAUUUCCCUUGGGGACUGGGGAAGUCAUGGAUAUUGGGCCAAGCGGGGGAUGAAACAGGGCUGCCCACUGAGUGGCGCACUGUUCGCGCUCGCGCUAGAUCCAGGUUUGCGGCGCGUGCUCCAGCUCAAGCCUGUGCUCCAUUUCGAGCUGGGCGCGUUCGCUAACAACAUCUAUAUGAUUUCGCGCGACCUGCUUCGCUCGCUGCCCCACGUGAUGAAGCGUCUCGUCGCAUGCGGUUUCAUCGCCGGUCUCGCGCUGAAUCUGAACAAGUGUGCGAUCGUUGUGCUCCACGCCUCCUCGGAUGAAGAAACCAUUCGGAAGUUUCGUGUCCUCGGGCUGAACGCCAGGGCCUUCAGGGCCGCGUCGUUCGCGGGCACCGCGGCCUCGUCGGCGUCGGCGGUGAGCUCCUCCCAGCUGGCCGAGCUGGCGCGCACCCCGCGGCUCCUCCAGACGAAGAAGGAGGACCCGGUGGUGAAGGAGGACCCCGUCGUGAAGGAGGAGGCGGAGGCCGCGGGAGCGGGCGGCGGCGGCUGCAGGGCCGGAGGCGAAAGCGCAGAUCCUCCAGCGAAGAGGCUGAAGAGCGAGGCGCACGACCAGAGCCCGAGCAAGAUGGGCAUGCUGAGCUUCAUCGAGGAGCGUCGGGAGAAGGCCGCCAGUUCCGUUCCGCUCACCAACGCCGACUGCAUGGCCUGCUCCAAGGUCCGCAUUUCGAGGGAUUACAUUGACGAGGUGCUGAAGGACAUCCGGUCUCUGCGCACCGAAGUCGUUCGUUACCGCGACCGGGCCAGCGGCAAGCUGCUGGACGUCCGGAUCCCCGAGGGCGUUCUCACUCUGCUGCGCUUCCGCGGCGCUUGCAGCGGCAAGCCAGUGUCCGAGGAGCGCAUCGCCCGGCUGGCCCUGGACAUCAUGGAGGAGCAGGGCUUCGACCCGGUCCGCGCCAUCGCCUCGCUAUCCCCGGAGUCCUGGCUGGCCCCGGCGGGCGCCACGCGGCUCCUCGGUAAAGGGUACAGCGGCGUGGUCUUCUUGGAAGAGAAGACCGGGGUCGUGGUGAAGGUCAUGCUCGAGGACUUUGCCGAGGGCGAGUACAAGAUCUUCUGCGACUUCGCGGACGCAGGCCUGGCCGCGAAGCCCAUCAGCCUCUUCGGGCCCAAGGCCGUCCCCGGGGGCAGCAUCUGGAGCAUCCACAUGGAGCCCAUCACCCACACGCUCUCCAGCGUGCUCAAUGACACAUGCCUGAAGGGCGCACGGUUUGGUCUCAACCCAGCUCCUGAGGCCGCCACCCGGAGGAUAGCGGAGGCGAUCGUCAAGGGGCUGCAGCGCAUGUGGGACAACGGCCUGGUGCACGGAGACCUCCACCUCAGCAACCUGGCGCUGAAGGACGCGCACGUGCAGCCGCUGGUGCAGUUCCUCGACUUCGGGCGGUCCGCCCGCAACGUCAAGGCGUCGCAGAGCGCGACCGCCGAGAACAUGCGCGCCGGCCACGAGUACGAUGUCUUCAGGCUGCUCAUCAGCUUGAUCGAGGGCUUCGAGGAGCUGAAGGAGGAGAAGCAGGAGCAGUGGAAGGAGUGCGAGAAGGAGCUCCGCGAGCUCCAGAAGGGCAGCAAGACG